AGGUUUACCAUUGCGGUAAUCCGGUUCAGACAUGACAAGUGCGGCCGACUGAAGCUCAACUCAGUACAGCUUUCUGCCCCGGGGGCUUCAAAAAACUCCGCCACACCGUCUCAGCACCGAGCUGGACGUGUGAGCACAAUGCCGCGGUGUAUGGAUGCGUGUUACGACGAGACCCGUUCGUCCGGGAGGAGAAGUGCUCCCUUGUCAAGCUAGUUUGGUCCGUCAGCAGUGGUGAUGGUGAGCGCCGGGCUGGAUGAGCAGCGAGUAGCCUGACGCCACUUCAGCACAGGCCGGGACGAGCCUUUCAGUUGAGCCCGGAGCACCGAGACACCCGGAUGCUUCGAAGUUCACGGGUAAUAAACGGGGUAGUUGGACACAGUUAGCCCGCUCCAAACGGUCUCACCAAUUCCUGCUGAAAGUGAGACCCAACCAGCUUUCACGGUGGAAACCAGAAGAAGAGCAAAGAUGAAUGCUGUGCGGGGGGGCACAGUCACCUGGCGUCCCCAGCCAUGGCAGGACGGGGACGGAGGAGGAGGGGAGCCGCUGUCAGACAGCGACUCCGAAGAGGAGGACUUCCCCGAUGACAGCACCACACCGCUGGGGGACUACAUUACCCACGGACUGAAGCAGCUCCUGGAUGCUCAGCAGCUGUGUGAUGUGACUCUGCUUGUUGAGGGGAAAAAGUUCAUGUGUCACAGAGUCCUUUUAGCGGCAGUGAGUCCCUACUUCCGGGCCAUGUUCACCAGCCCUCUGGUGGAGUCCCGCCUCACCGAGAUCCGACUGGAGGAAGUGACGCCGUCUGUUAUGGAAACUGUGAUCCAGUUUGUGUACACCGGUGAAGCGGGGCUCUCCCUGGACACAGCAGAGGAUCUGUUUGUGGCUGCCAACCGCCUUCAGGUCAUGCCCCUUCAAGACUUGUGCUCCAGGUUUCUAUUUGAGCACCUCUCAGUGGAUAACUGUCUGGGGAUGUAUUCACUGGCUCGCUCUCACCAUGACCAGCUUCUGCUGCGUGCCUCCCUGCGGCUCGUAGCCCAACACUUUCCUCGGGUGGCUCGGCAGAAAGAUUUCCUUCUGCUUGACCAUGGCACCUUAGGCAGCCUCCUGAGCUCCGACCGCCUCGGGGUGGACUCUGAGGCGGAGGUCUACGAUGCGGCACGCCGCUGGGCAGAGCACCAGCCGUUGGACCGCUACGCCCACAUGCCGGCACUGCUUCACCACCUGCGCCCAGGACUGCUGUCCCAGGAGGAGAGUCGAAGGCUGAGCCAGGAACUGGGGCCUGCUGCUGCGGGGGAAGGCCUCGGUGGACCUCUGAGACCACGUGAGGGAAUGUUUGAGAAAAAGAUUGUCUGCGUGGAUCUGACACCUCGGGAAGAUGAGAAUUUAGCUGCAAGAGACUACACAGUGGACUGCUUUGACCCUCGGACAGGGAAGUGGGAGAAGUUAGCAGCUCUGGGUUCACUUGUGAGUCCUGGCUGCACGGCUGUGGGUGACAGGCUGUUUGUAGCUGGUGGGAUCCUGCGGACCGGCUCUGUGUCUGCAGCCGUGCAUGAGUAUGAUGCUGUGUUGGACCGCUGGAUAGAGCGACCUUCGAUGGUCCAGCCCCGGGCUAUGCUUGGUCUGCUGGGCUGUGGAGAGUCCCUCUAUGCUUUGGGUGGCAGUAACCGCUCCGCUCUGCUGGACUCCAGCGAAGCCCUGGAGCUGACGACGCUUCAGUGGGGCCCCGGGCCUCGGCUGCCGCUCCCACUGCGAGCCUUCGCCUGUGCAGCGCUGCGUGGACGACUUUACCUUCUGGGUGGAACCACACUUGAACAGAACCGGGCUGUGGUCCACUCAGGUGUGCUCAUUUAUCACACCCUGACAGACUGUUGGACACGUGUGGCGCUGGACUCUGGUGCCACCUGCCUUGCUGGAGGAGUAGCAGUGCGAGGGGGAGUCUGCGCUAUCGGCGGAUACAUGAGGGAUACUACAAAGUUCCUGGAUGGAAACUACACCAAUCUGGAGACUUUAGAUGCUACUGGCCGGGUGCUGUUCUUUAGAGAGGGCCGGGGGUCAGGCGUGGAGAGGGAGGUGACCGGAGGAGGAGUGAUGGUCAGCGCAGAGCAGCGGGGGGUGGGUGGUGGAAGCGACCGAGCACCGAGUCCUGUUGUCUUUCCCGGGUUGCCACGGCGGAUUGCAGCAGGGGGUGUGGCCAGGUGGAAAAGGAGGAUUUAUGUGUUGGGUGGGGAAAACGGCUCGCGGUUCUAUGACAGCGUGUACUGUUGGAAACCCGGCUGGCGCAGCUGGGUCCAGAGACGGGAAAAACUCCCGGGAGACACUGGAGGGGUGAGCCAGUUCGGGUGUACCACUCUAAAAUUUCCUAAGAAACACAUCCUGUCCAGACUGAGACUAGCCAAAGAAAACUGCAAGAAGCCCUCUAACUAGCCUGACAUGGAUCAGUAUGACUGGAGAGGCAGAGAUGAGCUCCAGGCUGAAUGAGCUCCUUGUUGACCUCUUGAAAUUUUGGUGUGAGAAACUGAAUCACAAGGAAAAUACAAUUUUAUACAGUCUGAGUGCAGCGGCAGAGCAGGACUUGAUGGUAUGAGAUGUAUCAUCAUCGACAGUCAUGCAGAUGGAGGGCAAGUGGAGCCAGGAGCUGGUUAAAAGUCAGGCAACAUGCACCUGAAUGUAACCUAAUUCACUAAAUGUCAGAACAGUGAAGUCCUUUGAAAGAGAAAAGGGCCUUUGAGUAGUUUUCUUAAAAGUGUAAUGUCAUGUUCAGCUCGCUGCUGAUGUCAUAUUUUUCAGGCAGUUUGGAAAUCAUUUCAAUGCUGUGAAUUUCUUGUCAGCGUCUAGUUUGGACACAAGGAUACUGGCACAUUUCCGACCACGCUUUCUUCCACUUUAUUUGCAUAAAUGCUGUCUUUUGUCUGACGUGGGCCCGUGAAGCCCUUUGACACUGCUAAAAGGGCUACACAAGUAAACUUGAGGAGACAUAUCAUAAACUGACUGGCUUCUAGACAGUUCUCACUUGUACAAUAAGUUAGUCAUUUUUUAACCCGCCUGUUGUCCUCACUUAUGGGCACGCAAAAAAAAAACAAUAUUAUUUGUUGUCAGAAAAAAAGAAAAAAAAAGAAAAGGGCAACAAAAUUCCCAAAUUUCUGAAAAUUUGCAAAACCUUCAGGAAGAAAAUUCCAGUAAUUCCUUAAAAGUUUUAUUUUUUAAAAAAAGAGGAAAAUUCUUGUAAAUAUUUUCAAUAUUUUGGUGGAUUUUUUUGUGAAUGUUCUUAAACAUUUUUAACAAUUCUUUUUUCCAUCAAAAAAUGUUCAGAGAUUUCCCAAAAAUGGUGAAAAUGUGGAUGUCAGAAGUUUCACUGUGCAAAUAUAUUUUUUUCCCCCACAUUUUCAAACUUUAAAACGGGUCAAUUUUGACUCGCAGGACAACACGAGGGUUAAAAUAUAACAUCUUUCAAAAACUAGGUGUUUUACAAAGACAUGAGCAAAUAAUAAUUGCAUGAAUAAUACUUAAUGGACAUCUGCCAGACUAUAUCGGACUGAAUUCAGGUUCAAAAGGGACGAGGAUGAAGGUGUAGUCAGGGAGCUUGCCUUAAUGAUGAUCUUUAUGAAUUUAAAAUAAUUUCUAAAACAUGCAGGUGUCUAGAUAUGUGUUGUGUGGAUUCUUUAGUUGGAUUUAGUGAGUAGUCCUGCUGCAGCGUUCUGGAGCAGCAGAAGCUUUGAUGGGUGCUAUUACGUAAGUCAGGAGCACAGUGAGUUACAGUGAUCUGUAUUGACUGCAUGCGUCACAGUUUCCACAUGUGUUGUGGAUAGAAAUGAUCUAAUUUUAAAAGUAUUUCAAAGGUGCAAGAUGUAAAAAUUAACAGUAGACUUGAACUGGAGGCCAAAAUGAAGUUUGUUGUGGACUAUAACACCUACAUUCCAGGAGGAUAGGGAGCCUAAAUAGGGGGGAAAUGUGUGUGAGUUUUUUAGAGUUUGGAUUUUUAGCAUCUGUGAGAUGGUAUUGUGUAUUGUGAGUGAAGAACUACGUCCGAUUGUCAUCUGCAUUAGAAUGGUGUUUGUGGAGGAUUGUCGGUGCUGGAGAUUGGUUUGGCUAGCUUGCUGGUAUUUCUUUAAAUCAGGGUGGUUCAGUGACAGUGCUUCUGCAAAAUAGUGACAGGGAGCAUUUUCCAUGGAACUGUCAUUUAAAUGUCUACUUCAGGCAUAUGGGUUCUGUAAAGAGACAAUUGAGACAAUUUGAAUUGUAAUUGGCACUAUGUAAAUGAAAUUCAAUUAAACUGAAUUGAUUCACUACACAUUUGGUAGAUGUGGCUUAAUACAAGAGCCAAGUAGUUGGGAAAACUUCACAUCUUUAGCGUGAAGGUUGCUGCUCGAAGGUCCGUCUGGUCCUGAUUCAAAGGGAUUUGAAAAUGGUAACAUGCAGAUAGUAGAAGAGGAAAGGAGUCGUACAUGUAAUGCAUAGAAGAAUAGGCAGACUUUUACCUGAAGUCUACAUCCUACAAGUCAGACUAAUCCAAAGGUAACAUGUAGAGAAUAGACUGAGCCUUGAGCCACUCAUUAAGUGCAGAGGAAAGUGGAAGAAUUGCAGACUGAUGGCCACGGUUUUCUGUUGGAAAUACAGGAACAAAACUGCUGUAGGGUCACCUGAUGUUUAAGGUAUUUAAUAAAAAUCACAUGGUGGAGUAGAUGUUAGCUGGCAGAAGAACAUUGUUAACUAAAAAGAGCUUCAUCGGUGUUGCAGUUUGCACUUAAACCUGUCUGAAAUUUAUGACAGCAGGGUUUUUCCUGGCUCAGAAUGGAUCUUUGGGUGGUGACUGUGCACAGCUAUAAGUGUGAUUUGUUGGCAUACACUACAGGCAAUGAGUCUGUGUUGCCUUUGUUGACAGAAAUCUGCAUUUUCCUGUUAUUUCUGAACAUUUGACUAACAAAAAUGUGUAUUAUGCUUGAGCAAACGGAAAGAAAAUUAAAAAAACAGGUUAAAAACAUCUACAUUCUCUAAUUUUGGCGUUUAUUGUUGGCCAAAGUCUCUUCUACAUGCUGAUAUGAGCAGAGAGAUCCCAGCACAGAGCCCAUUGACAUUUACACUGUAUAGUCCAUGAUCUCCUCAGCAGCAGUUUUUUCCAAGACCCUGGCCAAGACGGGGAGUUGAGAUAUUGUGCAAAAGCUAUUAAAAAUGAAUGGGCCAGAGUUGACUCAUUCGGAGGUGCUUGAACUACAACUGAUUUAAAAUAUUCAGGCGCAUUGUGAAAGUGAGGAACUGUAAUAGAUGAUGACUUGGAUGCAUGGAGAUACUGACUUUGAGUAUUUCUCUAAGGAAGUGAGUUGAACAGAAGCAUAUUUUUAGCUCAUUUCUUUUUCGACAACAGCGACAAAUUAGGGAGAAACUGUUUGAGCACAUUGACUACCAUAAACCAAAGGUAAACAUCUGGUUCUGUGAGUGGCUUGGGAUUUACAGCAAACCGUACUAGUAGCUGGAGCUGUGUUGUUUCAUCUGUGGCUCAUUCAUUCAGCUUCAUAGUACCAGGAUAGUGUACCUGACUGGGUUGUGUCACCACCAGUGUGCAAAACAUGGACCAAAUAGUGUCUUUUUACUCGGUAGAAUAAAACAAAAGUGGACAAAUUGCAAUGGAAGAAAUGUGCAGAGAAAAGUUAAAGAUAAUAUUCAAUAUUAACACAUACAGUAAGACCAUGUGUGCUUUUACGUGUACGAACAAAAUCUACCAUCAAAGGCAUCUGCAAAGAAAAUCUGUCCUUCUGACAGACUUGCUGCUUCAUAUUUUUAGCUAGAUCUCACUGUAUAAUUCCAGCAAUAAAUGUCUGAAGGUGUCGUGCAGCCGUGUGGGAAUAUGACCGACAGUAUCCUUGUGUCUAGACUCACUCUAUCCAGCGUCGUUCCUGAACCUCCAGGCCAGGUGGGCAGCUGUCUGCACUCGCUUCAGCCGCCGUCCACAGGAAUCUGAAUGUACUUGGCUUGGAGGUUCUGGAUUAUUUACUCACUCUGACAUUGCACAUUAUUUAUUGAAAUGUGUUUUAAUGGGUUUUAUUGUUGUUUUGAGUGCCGAGACGUUCUGUAAACUACACAUUUGCCCAGAAAUAUAAGCGCGUUGUUUAGCUGCAACAGGCCAGUAAUGAUUCAGAGUGACUGCACCUUCCCUAAAGACUUUAGUUAGACUGUGACGGUCUCCUUUAAGAUCACAACAGUGGAAUUUAACACUACAGGCAGCAAGCACAGAACCCCCCCAGUGACACAGCUACUGCACUGCUUAAACAUUUAGAUUAAAAACACUGUGGUCUUUGUUUUUCUUCAUACUAUGAAAUACAGAAUAGAUGAUACAUUGCUUCCUUUCAUUUAGUCUGCUAUGUGUGAUUAAUAUGUAAAAUCAAACAGAAUUCCAGCCUCCCUUUUUUUCCUAACCCAGCUUCUGUUAUCCCGUUUAGUUUUCACGGUAAAGGUGUAACAUAUUGAUAUGUUUCCACUGUUGCUCCCUCCUGCCCUUCACUCUGCCAGUGCCAUAGCAGAUAAACUGACAGGGAUGACUUAGCAGCACAGUAAACCCAGAGGUUCUUCUGCUCUCAUUAAUCAUGGUGUAAAACCCCGGUGUAGGAGUUUUCAUGGAGGUGCUGUUGUACAGCGACUGUAAUCGUCUCUGUUUAUGGUUUACAGUUUCAAACUUGUGGGGUUUGCUUCACAAACACAAGAACAGUCUAACAUUUGCUCCGAGAUUCAAAUUACAAGAGCGUUUCAGAAAUAUAAUGACUGACUUAUUUUAGGCUUAGAAAGUCAACCCCUCGACCCUCAGGCUGACUUAGAGCUAUGUUUCCUUGGUAACGCUCAGAGACACAAACUGGUGAAAACGUGAAGAAACAUGGCUCAGAGUUCAGGGUUUGCUGAUAAUGUUCUGCAGCGAGCAACGAGACAGAAGAGCUUUUUGAGAGCGCAGUAGUCUGCUUUGCAGAGUUAUCUCAGUGAAAAUUGUUGUUACUGGUAAAUUUGUUGAGGAGGCGUUGGUAUCCAAGUAGUUUGACACAGUUGUUACUCUGUCAAGGAACACAGCGGAGUUAUGUGACGAUUGACGUUGGUUUGUCCGUCUGUUAGCAACAUUACUCAAAAAUGGACUAACCAAUUUACAUGAAGUUUUCAGGGAAGGUCAGAAAUGACACAAGGACCAAGUGAUUAGAUUUUGGUAGUGAUGCGGCUUCUAGUCUGGAUCUACGAUCUCUGUAGCAUUGAUAGAGGCACAGACUCGACGGCAAGUGAACACUACAUCAGCUGUCUGCUGACGAUCACGUGAUGGCGAUGCUACUAUAAAUCCAACACUGCUGACUUAUCAGGACUUAAACGUUGGAAAUGAUACAAGGAAUGAGCAGCCUUGGCGGAGUACUGCACUCUCUGAGUGCUUUUCUAGUUCAGUCUGUUGUAUUUUAUUGUUUGGAAAAGGUCUUAAUUUAGUCAUAAUUUGUAGCAAAAUUCUCCCACUUAAAGCUGUUUUUUUUGUGUGUGUGUCGCUGGAAUAAAAUUCCAGACUAAACUUUGAGGAGAUGUUGGAAACUUGACUUUCACAUUUCCUCUUGACUCCAUAUACAGGGUUUAGAAAAUGUAACCUAUGACAGGAAACUUUGGCCAAUCACAGGUCUUUUCACCAGGAUGAGCUGAGAUAGUGUAAAAAGCCACAGCGUCAUCUCUAGGUGUUGAAUGUGGAGGCAGAAUGGGUUAAACUGAGGACUUUUGAUGCUUUUCCAUUAGCAUCUACUCUGCUCGACUCUGCUCGGUUUGUGAGGUUUUCAAUUAGGAUGUAGCACCUGGUACCAGGUACUAUUUUAGUACUCGGCUAGGGUUCCAGGUGAGCUGAGUCGAGCCAGUAAUGUGACGUCUGCUGAGUGCAGGCCACUGAUUGGACAGGGAGUGACACACACGAGAGCGGCUCCUUCACGAAAACUGGUGAGUGUUUGGUGACUUCAAGAAACUUUUAUCAUUACUUAUCUCAUUGGUGGCAAGCUCACUUUAAAAAACAAGUAUGUUUUUUAAAGUAACGUCGUUGUCUUCUGUAUGCAGACAAUAAGCUAGCUAGCUAGUUAGCCAUCAAGGCUAACUCCAUGGCCGGGCCGCCGUGCUAUGACGACUCCACCCACGAUGAGGUGGUACUCAGUUGUAAUGGAAAACGACCUAAGCCAAAUCAAGCCAAGUGCUAGUGGAAAAGCGCCAUUUGAGUUCUGUGUGAGACUUGAAGUGCUGACUUGUGGCCGCCGUGGCUUUCUAAUGAGCAAAUGUUUCACUAAAAUCAGACUGUAAAUUAGAUCUGAGCCAAGCUAAGGAAAAGUCUGUCUUUGUGAAGUCGACCCCGUAUCGUACGUAAGCCAAGUAUGUGGCAGACCAAAAAAAAAGAAUAGAACAAGUAGCAAAAACUCUUAAGUAAGGUUCUCUAAUUCAGCACUAGGUGGUCAAACUCACAGUAGAGAGUUUUUUUUGUUUGUUUUUUUUAUUGUUGUGAGCUUCAGUUUGUAUUUCCAGGAAAACCUAACACCACACUGUCUGUUUUAGUUCCACAACAUGCUCUGAAUUUUCACCCAGAAAUGUCAGAUGGACUGCUUUCCUUUUCUUCGGUGUGCUUACAGCUUGUAUGACAUGUGAACAGUGUGUGAUUGUGUACGCAUGCAUGUUUUCUAUGCCGAGGCGUAAAUCUGCUCUUUGCGCACAUCCACACCUUCUUGCUGUGCGACCAUUCAGAGAAGUGAAGCUGCCCUCAUUUGUACAACCUAAUGACUUUUGUGAACUGAAAGGCAAAUGGAUGAAAGCAGUGCUAUGAAAUGAUUAAAGGACUAUUUGCUUACA